AUUUCCUAUUUCUUUUCUUUUUUAUUCCCCUUCGAUCCCCCCUUAUAUAAUCACACUUGUCCUCAACCCUUUCAAUUUUUCUCAUUCCAACCUCCACCUGCUCUGCAUCCGCUUCUUCUAGUUCUCCCUUUGCCGAGACAAGUUUUAUUUUUAUUUUAUAUAUACUUAGUCAUAGAUAUUAUAUCUACUCAAAGCAGGUUUCAAGUUUUUUUACAAGCUUUUUCAUUUUUCAUCAUAUCAGUGUAGUUUGUGUUUUUGUGGGGGGAAAUGGAGAACAAUCAAUCUUUUUGGCAAUUCAGUGACCAGCUUCGGAUACAGUCAUCCAAUUUGGCCAACCUUUCUCUGAAUGAUUCAAUUUGGAGCAACAAUUACAUCUCCAAGAGGCAAGAUGAAAGGAUAAAUUUUGAUAUCAAAGUCGGUGGUGAAAUCAACUCUUUCAAGGCAAAAGCACCUGCUUCUGAUUACAACGAUGGGUGGAAAGAGAUGACCAAUAUGAAUGGAUCUUUCCUCAACAUGCCUCAGAACAUUUUGGGUGUUGGGUUGGACGGUGGAUCAAGUCUCAAUGGAGGAUUCAACAAGGGAAUUUAUUCCAAACCUGCUUUUUCCAAUCUUCACAAUAAUAACCUGAAUAUCAAUCCUAAGGGACACAAGUUCAAGGGUGAAGAUGAGCUUGUUCACCCUCCAAAGCCUUCCAAGAAGAAUUCCAACCCCAACAAGAAGCAUGGCGACAACAACAACAAUGAUAACAAGGAUGCCAAGGCUGCUGCAGACAAGAGAUUUAAGACACUGCCACCAUCAGAGUCUCUUCCUAGGAAUGAAACCAUUGGGGGCUAUAUCUUUGUUUGCAACAAUGAUACCAUGGCGGAGAAUCUCAAAAGACAGCUCUUUGGCCUGCCUCCACGAUACAGAGAUUCAGUUCGGGCAAUUACUCCGGGGUUGCCUCUUUUCCUUUACAACUAUUCCACGCACCAACUCCAUGGAAUCUUUGAGGCUGCGAGUUUUGGGGGUACAAAUAUUGAUCCAACGGCUUGGGAGGACAAGAAGUGUGCUGGUGAAUCUCGAUUCCCUGCUCAGGUACGAGUGAUUACUAGGAAAACUUGUGAACCAUUAGAGGAGGAUUCCUUUAGGCCAAUCCUUCACCACUAUGAUGGGCCCAAGUUCCGUCUUGAGCUGAAUGUGCCCGAGGCGUUGUCUCUGCUGGAUAUUUUUGCUGAACAAGAUACUUUCAACGACACUUUCAAGGCUUUGCCGGCAUAAAUGGAUAGAAAUAACAAAUAAUACAGGAAUAUCUCUCACAAAGACAAUAGAUAAUUAGAGAUUUGGGUUGGUUUGAAAGCUAUGGACAAAGAGUCCGAAGACAAGAAAACAAAAUGAAUAUAGCUUAGGACGCUUGGAUAUUUAGCAGCCUAUAUAUGUAUUACUAGUACUUUUGUAUAUAGAGGCUGCUAUGCAUAGUGGUCCAUUUUUCUUGGUUUUGGUGUAUACUGUUAUCAUAUUAAGAGAAUACAAUAAGAAUGCUGUACUAUUUUGUUUAUGAACUACAAAUUGGCGACAAAUGGAAGGCCAGCAUUUUGUAGCUUCGUAUAUAGCCUGUGUCGUAUUGAUAAGUUAAAUUAGAGGAAAGGCGUGAAGCCGUGAUAUGAUGAUGGUUCAAUAUAGUCUUAUAAUCGAUAAAAUAUGUGCUUUGAA